AUGAGCGAUAUCACAGACAAACCGUCUGACGAGACGAUUAACCUGAACCGCAUGAAAACCGCGGAGAGUGUCUUCCUCCCGAUUUCCCGCGAAACCUUCGAGAAGCUUUACCUGACCCCCAAACACCCCUCCGUGCAGACGGACCUGAGGAAGAAGUUCGGUAACCCGACCCCGAUCUGUCUCAUGGGGUUCCUGAUCGCAUCUACACCCCAUGCUUGUAUGCUGAUGGGGUGGCGCGGAGCCGGCGGGAAUGGUAGCGCGCUUGUCCCGACGUAUAUCUUCUUCGGCGGAAUUGUCCAAAUUCUGGGUGGUAUUGGCGAAUGGAUUAUUGGAAAUACGUUCAGUUGCGCGAUCUUCUUUACAUAUGGGACGUUCUGGCUUGUUCAGGGUGGCGGGCUCAUGCCAUUCUUCGCUUCGGGGAUGAACUACUCGCCUACCGGUAAUUCUUUUGAGGGACAGCAGACAGGGGAAUACGCGGCAACAAUUGCUUUCUACUACGUCUUUUUGGGCCUCCUAACGUUCAUAUAUCUGAUCUGCUCGAUACGGACAAACGUCUGUCUCUUCUCCGCGCUAUUCCUCCUUGUCAUCACAUUCUCCCUCGUUGCCGGUGCAUUCUUUCAGCUUGCGAAUGGAGCUCACGAACUUGCUGAGAAAUUGCUGGUGGCCGGUGGCGCCUUCAAUUUCGCACUAUGUGUUCCUGUCUGGCACAUUUUCUUGACGCAGAUCCUGGAAGCGGUUGAUUUCCCAAUUUCCGUUCCCGUUGGGGACUUGAGCAGUAUCGUUCCGGGCAGAAGCCAGAAGGUGAAGAGGGCGGAGGAUUAG